GGCAACAGGCAACCCCAACCAAGGCAAUGUCAGUGAAAGCCUUUAAAAGGGACUGCGCCUCGCUCGCUCCGGGGAGAGCUGACAGCCACAUCGAAGGACGAUGGUCCCACUCCUGGGCGCGCUGCUCCUGGUGCUGGCACUCCUCUCCUUCUGGAGACUGGCAAAGGGGAAAACAGAGCCCAGGCCCAAGUACCCUAGGAGCUUGCCCUCUCUGCCUAUCAUCGGGAGCCUGCUACAUCUGUCCGGUAACCCACAGCUCCACCUCCUCUUCCACAGCCUGCAGAAGAAAUACGGCAGCCUCUACUCCCUGAAGAUGGGCUCCCACUACAUGGUGGUGGUGAACCACUACCUGCAUGCCAAGGAGGUGCUGCUGAAGAAGGGAAAGAUCUUUGCCGGCCGGCCCCACACCGUGACCACGGACAUGCUGACCAGGGACGGCAAAGACAUCGCCUUCGCCAGCUACACCCCGCUCUGGAAAUUCCAGCGCAAGCAGGUGCAUGCGGCAUUCUCCCUGUUCGGAAAAGGGACGCUGGGCCUAGAGAACAUCAUCUGCCGGGAAGCUGCCUCCAUGUGUGAGACUCUCAGCACUUUGCAGGACACCCUCCUGGACAUGGCCCCGGAGCUCAACCGAGCCAUCACCAAUGUGGUGUGCUCUCUGUGCUUCAGCUCCUGCUACAGCCGAGGGGACCCCACGUUCGAGGCCAUGCUGCAGUAUAGUCAAGGUAUCGUGGACACGGUGGCCCGAGAGAGCCUGGUGGACAUCUUCCCCUUUCUGCAGGUUUUUCCCAACAAGGACCUGGCAUUGCUGAAGAGGUGCGUGGAGGUCCGAGACCAGCUGCUGCAGAAGCAGUUCAAGGAACACAAAGAAGCGCUGGGCAGGGACUCGGCCAACGACCUGAUCGAUGUGCUGCUGCGCGCCCAGCUCAACAUGGAGAACAACAACAGUCGGCUGGCCCAACCGCUGGAGCUGACGGACGACCAUCUCCUCAUGACCGUGGGCGACGUCUUCGGGGCGGGCGUCGAGACCACCAGCACCGUGCUCAAGUGGGCUGUGCUCUACCUGCUCCACUACCCGGAGGUGCAGAAGACGAUCCAGGAGGAACUGGAUCAGAAGAUCGGCUUCGAGAGACACCCCCAGCUCAGCGACAGGCAGCAGCUACCCUACCUGGAGGCCACGAUCAGCGAGGUCCUGCGCAUCCGGCCUGUCUCCCCUCUGCUGAUCCCACACGUGGCCCUUACGGACACCAGCAUUGGGGAAUACACCAUCCCAAAGGGAGCCCAGGUCAUCAUCAACCUCUGGUCCCUUCACCACGACGAGAAGGAAUGGGACAAGCCCGCGGAGUUUAACCCAGGUCGCUUCCUGGACGAGCGGGGCAAUCGGCUCUCCUCCCCCUCGCCCAGUUACCUGCCCUUUGGAGCCGGGAUCCGGGUGUGCCUGGGCGAAGGCCUGGCUAAGAUGGAGCUCUUCCUCUUCCUGGCUUGGAUCCUGCAGCGGUUCACCCUGGAGGCCCCCCCGGGCCAGCCGCUGCCGACGCUGGAGGGCAAGUUCGGCGUGGUGCUCCAAGUGCAGCCGUUCAAGGUGAAGGCCAGGCUGCGGGCGGCCUGGCGGCAUGGCGUGUAGAGCUGCCCGCACCAUGGACCCGGCCAGCCGCUCCAGGGACGCAGCGUGGGAGCGGCUGCAUGGGACAGGGCUCUGUCCAAUCCCCGGGAGGGGUCUAUCCCCUGGACGGGCGAAAGGAGCGUUGGCUGGGUCAUCCUUUGGGCGGUGACGGGCCCAGUGGGUCAAACGCCCCAGGGGAAACCGCUGCUGGUGCCGGGGUGUCUGGGCCCCUGUAACGCCAGUCAAAGGCUGUGCCCUGGCUGCAGGGGCCAGGAUUUAGUGUGCUGCUCCCCCCCUCGUUGCUCUGCCACGCCCCUGGGGGGGGUUCAGUCCCUCGGGGGGCAGGUAGGGUGCAGAGGGCGUGAGUUGGUGGAGGGGCUUAGGGGACUAGCAGAGGCAGGUUUCCUGUUCCCCAGGAGCAGGUGGGGAAAAACUCCCAUAAAGGGGCCUCGGCCCUCAGGGACCCGGCUCAGCUCCUCGGGGGCUGAAGCUUAUCACCCCAGCGCAGCUCCUGCCCUGUGCAGAGUGGGGAGGGCGCCAGGAGCUCCAGCCCUGCUCAGUUCCCCAGCCCAGCCCCAGUUACUGCAGCUUCAUCCCCUGCCUUGGGGUCUGGCCUGCACCCGUUUCCAGAGAGGCUCUGGCCUUCCCUCAGAGCAGGUGCCAGGUGAACAGGAGCAGGGCAGCCCUGGCCUGUUGGAGAGCAACUGCCACGUCAGGUGGGUGAAACAGAAGAGCGGGCAGAGCUGGCUGGGGCAGACCCGCUUCUCUGACUGGCCAGGAUUUUCAAAGGGGGAUGGGCAUUCAGUUAACGAGUACAUUUGCUCUGUGGUUUAUGGCAAGUGCAGCCGCAGAUCCCCACACACUGGGAUCUGUCCUGCCGUCGAGAGGCAGCCUGGCCCAGUGGUUAGGGUGGCUAGCCUGGCACUUGAGAGACUGGCUUCAAUUCCCUGCUUCCCCCAUGGACUGCGUGAAAUUCAGCAAGUCACUUAGUCUCCCUGUGGGUUCCUUCCCAUCUGUACAAUGGGCAUAACAACAGUGCCCUACCACACAGGGCUCUUGUGAGACUGGGACGGGGCUCAGAUACAGUGGUAAUGGGGAGGCCUUUUCCACACAGGGAGUUAUUCUGGACUAGCAGUUCCUCACGCCCAGCCUUAAUCCAGAAUAAGAUUCAUGUGUAGACAAGCCCUUCGACAGACAGUAGCGUAAUUCACAAGUGUACACUACUGUAAAUCGUUGAUCUGCGUAUUACAUCCUCUCUGCCGGAUGUGCAGAGGAUGGAGGUCUGUUACAGCUCCCAGCUGCCCAGAACCCCCAGAGGAAGUCGCUGGUUCAAUCCCCAGCAUCAGCCGAGAUCUUGCAGCCGUCAUGCUAACAGACACACACUGCUUAAAUUCAAAAGGGCCUAUUAACUUCCUCUUCCCCACACCCGGUUCAAAAAUAGGCUGUAGGUUUGUGCCCCGCGCUGCUACCUGUAGGGAGAAGCUGUAGGAGAACUAGCUUCACGGGGUUCAAGCCAUGUAUUUUAGAAUAUAGAAUCGCAUAGAAGAUUAGGGUUGGACGAGGCCUCAGGAGGUCAUCUAGUCCAAUCCCCUGCUCAAAGCAGGACCAACCCCAACUAAAUCAUCCGAGCCAGGGCUUUGUCAAGCCUCACCUUAAAAA